AUGACGCCGCCGCCGUCGCUUUACCACUCGCUGCUGCGGCCAGCGGUGCUCCAGAUCCUGCGGGCGACGGGCUACCACGGGGCCAAGACGUCGGUACUGGACUCGGUGACGGACCUAGCGGGGCGGUACUUUCUGCACCUGUGCCGGCUGACGGCGCUGUACGCGGCGCACAAUGGCGUCGAGGACGCGACGCCGACCGUAGUCGAGGUGCGCAUGGCGCUGCAGCACGCCGGCGCCCUGCUGCCCGAGAAGACGGAGGAGGAGCAGGACUUUCUGGGCGUCGAGGACAUGCGUGGCGUCGAGGCCUUCCUCGAGUGGGUCCAGGGCCCCAUGAACCGCGAGAUCAAGCGCAUCGCCCUCGACGGCGACGACGAGGCCGAUGAUUACCUAAAUGCUCUUAAGAAGAAGCACAGUAAGAACGAGGAUGACUCCAAGUACAUGGGCACGCUGCUCGGGCGGUGCAACGAGCACGGCGAUGUGCUGGUCGAGGGCGGCGCGUUCCCCAGCAUCCUGAACUGGGAGGAGCGCCUGCGUGUGGCCGCCCAGCGGAGUCCCGACGACCAAGACGCUGCGGCUGCUGCCGCAGCCGCCCGGGAUGACAACGACGAGGACUCGCGGCCACCUAGUUCAGGCCUCAGCUCGCUGGGAGACCGUAGCAUAGCCGACGAGAUGGACAUGUCGUGA